AUGGUCCGGGUAGGUCCGCAACUGGAUGACAGCCAAUAUGGUUUCCAAGAGGGACGGUCGACAAUCGACGCGAUUCAGCGUCUUAGGUCCCUCUCGGAGGCCAUCGUGAGGAGGAACAGGGUAGCGGUGGCGGUAUCCCUUGACAUCGCCAACGCAUGCAAAACCCUGCCCUGGGUUAGAGUGGUCCAAGCCAUGAAGGAGUACUUUGGUUUUCCACCUUACCUAGUGACUGUCAUCCAAGACUCCUUCCGGAGUCGACGUCUGUGCUACAAGGACGCCGACGCCGUACGCGAGAAGGGGAUGUCGUGCGGGGUUCUACAGGGGUCCGUUUUGGCCCUCCUCCUGAGGAACUUCGGCUACGACACAGUUCUCCGCACCGGGCUCCCCCCGGUUGCACUGGGUCUGGUGAUGGCCGAGAGGAAAACGGAGUCAAUCUUCUUUCACAAGAAGGGAACUCGACCACCCCAAGCCCAUUUGAGGGUCGGGAACGUCAGAGUCCCCACUGAGGCCCAGAUGAAGUAUCUGGGCCUCAGUGGACCUUACCUUGGACGGCACCUAGGCGCCGGUGUGGGCGGAGGCCCUGGCCACCAGCCGACUGCUACAAGCCUUUCUAUGAACAGCGCAGAGGAUGCUGGCGGUCAGGGUUAUCCGCCGAUACCGAACAAUCUCGCAUGCAGCGGCGAUGUUCCUGGCGGGGGGGCGCUCCGUCUAAAUAUGGAGGCAGAUGAGGCGCUCGCCGGGGCCAUAAGGCGUGUAAGACACCAGACUCGACUGGUCCUCCUUCAACGUUGGUCAGGACGCCUGGAAGUUUCGAGGUAUGAGAGGAGGACCGUCAAGGCCGCCCAGCCCUGUCUAUCCGAAUGGAUAGACAGCGCACACGGGGAUCUGACGUUCCGGAUAACACAGGUACUCAUCGGGCAUGACUGCUUCGGAGCACCCCUGGUGCGCAGAGGCUGGAGUGACCGAAGGCCACUGUGCAUAGGGUCCUUUUAUCACAGUAUUGCCAUGAGUUUGUGUCGUCAGACGAAUUGGCUCCUAUGUGGCGAGCACCUCAGGGUGUUGGUCGCACUCAGCAACACCGGUCGCGCUGGAUUUGGCAGGGUCGGGGUGCGGUGCGCGUUCCGAAUCUACUUCACGAGUCAAGUCAAGUGA